AUGGUCGUAGGAGCAAAUCUUAAGGUACACACUGAAUAUAUAAGUGUUCUGGUACCACUACCAUCGAAGGGACAUGAACAGUUAGAAUCUGGUUAUAAUUCUUCAACAUCAGCAUCAUGUUCAGAAAUUCUUCCAAAGAUCAAAAGGCCAAUAACUGCACAGCAAGAUAAGCAUGGUGAAAAAAAGUCAAUAUUUCCGGUUAACUCUGAUCAUUCAACAAUAGUACAACAUAACUUACAACAACGUCAAACAAAACACGCGUUACAACAGGUUAAUCAUACUCCAAUCACCACAUAUCGUCGUCUAAAGACAGCCAAUUCAUUAAUAUCAGUGGAUAUGAUGGUAACAAAAGAGUUCAAAUCAAAUCAAACGAAUAUUUCAAGUGAUCGUAGUCCUUGUCUGCUCACUCUCUCAAAAUAUCAGAAAGAAAUUGCCAACUAUUCUGAUGACUGGGAAUCAGAUUAUUCAGACGAUUGCAUAUCGGAUUGUGCAGAUAAUUGGAAACCAGCUUCAAAAGAAACACCAAAACCUACAAAAAUACCUAUGCAAAAAGAAUCUACAAGUGAUUUAAAAACAGAUUCGAAAGAAGCAACAAAACCUACGAACGUGUCAACGCAAAAGGAAUCUACAAGUGAUUUAAAAACAGAUCUGAAAGAACCACUAACCGAACAUAAAUGUCAAAUCAUGGGACCUUUUGAUGGCAGUCUCAAAGCGGGCUCAAAAGUGACGAUUCAAUGUCGUAUUCCUGGUGCUUAUUGUGCUCGACUUUUACUUGAUGAAAAUUGGCUUUCUGAAGACAUUCUUAAAAAUGAUAUGUUCAAAAGAGAAUUUACUGUUCCUAAACGGGAAAUCGUGAUAUAUGUCCAAUUCUCUGAUAAAAAGAAUCGAUCGAGUUAUGAUGGACUAUACAAGUAUUCAGUUCAUUAA